CACAAACACACACAUUCCUUGAGCUGGUGGACCAAUCUUAUUCGCACCUAAAUUUGACGAGGCAGAGGGAGUCUCGAGAGAGAGACGCUGCCUUUUGAGAGAGGUUAAAUUAAAGUGACCGGUCAGUCACCUACUGUUUACUUUGCCUGCCACAGUGCCACCAGUCCACCACCAUUCAUUUUUCCCUUUUUACCCCUUCCCCCAAUAAAGUCCAAAUACUUGACCCUUUUCAGUUUUGACCCCCAAAUUUCCCUUCUUAUUGUAUAUCUUUCUCUCUCCUCACCACCAAUUUUCACCCUUCUUUCUCACUCAGACUCUCCUCCAUGGACACACAGUUAAUCUUAAUCGCCUCCUAAAAAACAAAACAUCAAAAUUACUUCGCCCGCAGCCAUGGCCGUUGAGCUCAUGAUGAACUGCAGAAACACCAGCAGCUUCACCAUCCCAACCCCGCCGCCGGAGGAGAAAGCCGCCGCCGAGGAAGCCGCCUCCGGCCUCCAGAACGUCCAGGAGCUCCUCCGCCUCUUCUCCCCUCAGCCGCCCCGCUCCCCCGACGGAGGAUCCACCGCCUCCGACUACGCAGCCGUGGCCGGCGCGGCGGUGAGCAAGUUCGAGAGGGUCAUCUCCCUCCUCGGCCGGACUCGGACCGGACACGCCCGGUUCAGGCGGGCCCCGACCGCCUCGUCCCCGAGCUCCGUGCUCCCCCGCAAAAUUACCGAGCUGCCCCCGCCGGAGGCGGGCGGCUACGGCAGGGUCUACUGCCCGACACCGAUCCAGCAGGUCCCGCCGCCGGACUACCGCCACCGCCAGCCGGGGCCUAAGGCGAUCAGCUUCUCUUACUCACGCGCCAACUCGUUCUCGUCGCUGACCGGCGGCGACGCCGCUGGAAAGCCGCCGCUGUCGUCCUCGUCGUCGUUCAAGAGGAAGUGCGGUUCCGAGAGCGCCGGCGCCUCCGGCAAGUGCAGCGGGUCGUCGUCCAGCCGCUGCCACUGCUCCAAGAGAAGGAAGCUGAGGUUGAAGAGAGUUGUUAUGGUGCCGGCGAUAAGCUCGAAGAUGGCCGAUAUCCCGCCGGACGACUACUCGUGGAGGAAGUACGGACAGAAGCCCAUCAAAGGUUCCCCACAUCCUAGGGGCUACUACAAGUGCAGCAGUGUGAGAGGCUGCCCGGCUCGAAAGCACGUGGAGAAGGCCAUCGAUAACCCGACUAUGCUCAUCGUAACCUAUGAAGGAGAACACAAUCACGCGCUCUCUAACAAUGCAGAAACUUCGAGCGCAAUGAAUAUUCUAGAAUCUUCCUAGGUCGAUAAUUUUAUCAUAUUGUUACAAGUUUAAUUAGGGUUAUCAAGGACUGCUUAAUCGUGUUUCCAGUUCUAAUCUCGAAGGAGAUGAUGUUUGGUUGAGUUUGUUCUCUGUUCCUUCAUCUUUACACAACAUUGGAUUUCCUGGUUUUUCAUUUGUUUUCUUUCUUAAGUCUUUUUUUUUUUUUUAAAAUAAUUAAUUAGAGUGCAAUUUCGUAUCAACUAUGUUUUGUAUAUCAUGUGGAGAAAGAAGAAAGGGCAUAUGGUGGAUUUGGUGUGUGUUUGCCUGUUUGGACAUAAUUUCAAAGGAGGAAAGUUGGGUGAUUAUGGUUGUCUAUGUUUCUUUACGUUAUUAUAAUGUUUGUUUUUGCUUUAAUCUUUUUGUUUAUGCUAUUAAUCUUUUUGUCUUUUGUAAUCCUAAUUCCUCCUUUUGGGAUUUGGACCGAAUGAUUUGUUUGCUUUUGCAUUAUAAUUAAGCACUACGUACCGUCAUAUUUGACAAUUCCAAGUUGCGGGGUAAGCUUUUCUAAACUUAAUUGGACUGCCA